AUGGAACAUAAACGUAAAUGUCAAAUAUCUAUGAACAGACAAAUAGUUUCUGAACUCAUUUCAAUUGUAAUUUUUCUAGUUCAACAUAAUUUAGGAUUUCGGGGUCAUAAUGAAAAAUGGUCUAAUGAGUUAUCAAGAGGAAAUUUUAAAGAUUUGGUUUUAUUAAUGUCAAAACAUUCUGGUUCUCUUGCUGAGCAUGUUACAAAAUUGCAAUCUAAAGGAAAAAAAGAAUUGUCAUUUGUUAGCUGGGAAAGACAAAACCAAUUAAUUGACUCUAUUGCUCAAGAUAUUGCAUCACAAAUUCAGACAAAUGUAAAACAAUCAAAAUUUUUUAGCAUUGCAAUCGAUUCUACAUUUGACACGUCACGAAAAGAACAAGUAUCAUUUAUUAUCCGAUAUGUUUAUCCUAAUACUGGUUCUAUUUUUGAAAGGUUAUUAUCCAUACGAGAAUCUCCCAAUACUUAUGGUAAUGAUCUCUUCAGUUUGUUCAUAAAUGUAAUAGAAAAGUAUAACAUUGACUGGAUCAGUGAUUUGGUUGGACAAUCGUUUGACGGUGCGUCAAAUAUGCGUGGUAUGUAUAACGGUCUGCAAGCUUUAGUUAAAGCAAAAAAUAAACAUGCAACAUUUGUGUGGUGUCACGCUCACAAGUUAAAUCUCGUUGUAAAAGAAUUAGUUUCAUCAAGUGUCGAUUCUGUAAAUUUAUUUGGGAAUCUGGAGACAUUAUAUUAA